GGAGAGAGAGAGGGAGAGGUAGGCAGGGGGUGGGUGGGAGUGGAGGUGAUGGGAAGCAAUUCAGCGCAGUGCGAGUGACUGGAUGAGUGGCCGCAUCAGCACCACUAGCUGUAGCAUCUUGAGGCUGACGUGUGGCUUGUGGCUGCCGUAGCGUCUCCAUCAACUAUACAUAGAGGGAGAAAAAGAAAAAAAACGACUGCACACGCAUGCCGCAGCGGCAACCCGAGGGGAGCUAGUCGGGGACGAGACGGGGGGGCUCGGGCAAGAGGAAACGGGGACGACUGGUAGCAGCAGCAGCAGUGUAGCAGCAGCAGUAGCAGCAGCGGCACCAUGGCGCAAGCCGCCAAGCAGCUCCGCAAGACCAAGGACCUCGCCGAGGCCGCCGCCCAGGAGCAGCGGGAGAAGGAGGAGGAGAAGAUCAAAAAGAGGAAUCGAUCCAAGGAUCGCAGGCGCAAGGCUGAUGCAGCCACCAGCUUUCUUCGUGCAGCUCGUUCAGGCAACCUGGACAAAGCUCUGGAUCACAUAAAGAAUGGACUGGACAUCAAUAUAGCUAAUCAAAAUGGUCUAAAUGGGUUACAUCUGGCCUCUAAAGAGGGUCAUGUGAAAAUGGUCCUGGAGCUCCUCCACUCAGGCAUCGAACUGGAGGCCACCACCAAGAAAGGCAACACUGCUCUCCAUAUCGCAGCGCUGGCGGGCCAGGAGAAAGUGGUGGCUGAGCUGGUCAAUUAUGGAGCCAAUGUUAAUGCCCAGUCACAUAAAGGAUUCAGUCCUCUUUACAUGGCAGCACAGGAGAACCACCUAGAGGUGGUCAAGUUCCUGCUCGAGAACGGCGCCAAUCAGAGUCUCCCCACCGAGGAUGGCUUUACUCCUCUGGCAGUGGCCCUGCAGCAGGGCCAUGAAAACGUCGUAGCACUGCUCAUCAACUAUGGCACCAAAGGCAAAGUCCGCCUCCCCGCACUGCACAUCGCCGCCCGGAAUGACGACACGCGCACCGCCGCUGUGCUCCUGCAGAACGACCCGAAUCCUGAUGUUCUCAGCAAGACUGGUUUCACCCCUCUACAUAUCGCAGCCCACUAUGAGAAUAUGAGCGUAGCCCAGCUGCUGCUGAACAGAGGAGCCAACGUAAACUUCACCCCGAAGAAUGGCAUCACACCGCUUCAUAUCGCUUCCAGGAGGGGAAAUAUGAUGAUGGUCCGACUCCUGCUGGACAGAGGUGCCCAGAUAGAUGCCAAAACGAAGGAUGAAUUGACUCCGCUUCACUGUGCAGCCAGAAAUGGACACGUUCGCAUCAUUGAGAUCCUGCUGGAACACGGUGCUCCCAUCCAAGCUAAAACCAAGAAUGGUCUGUCCCCCAUCCACAUGGCAGCUCAAGGGGAUCACAUGGACUGCGUAAGACAGCUACUUCAAUACAACGCCGAGAUUGACGACAUCACACUGGACCAUUUAACCCCUCUUCAUGUAGCAGCCCACUGUGGCCACCAUCGCAUGGCCAAAGUUCUUCUCGACAAGGGGGCCAAGGCCAACGCUCGAGCGUUGAAUGGCUUCACACCACUCCAUAUUGCAUGCAAGAAGAACCACAUGCGGUCAAUGGACUUGCUGCUCAAACACUCUGCUUCCUUAGAAGCCGUCACAGAGUCUGGCCUAACUCCUCUCCAUGUAGCAGCUUUCAUGGGUCACUUGAAUAUAGCAAAGAACCUGCUCCAGCGAGGGGCUUCACCUAAUGCUUCUAAUGUGAAGGUGGAGACCCCCCUCCACAUGGCCUCCAGAGCAGGACACUGUGAAGUUGCCCAGUUUCUGCUGCAGAACUCAGCACAAGUGGAUGCCAAGGCAAAGGUAGGUAGUCUUGUUUUAAUCUGUACAGUUAAAAAUGAAAUGUUCCUUUCCUGUUCCUUUCCUGUUCCUUUCUGUUACCAGGAUGACCAGACCCCCCUUCACUGUGCUGCCCGGAUGGGACACAAGGAGCUGGUCAAGCUGCUUCUUGAGCACAAGGCCAACCCCGACUCGUCCACAACGGCAGGGCACACGCCGUUACAUAUUGCUGGGCGGGAAGGACACAUCCACACUAUACGCAUCUUGUUAGACGCUGGAGCGCAGCAGACCAAAAUGACCAAAAAAGGCUUCACCCCACUCCACGUGGCCUCUAAAUACGGAAAGGUGGACGUAGCAGAGCUCCUUCUCGAGCGAGGAGCCAAUCCCAAUGCAGCCGGCAAGAACGGUCUGACACCCCUCCAUGUGGCGGUUCAUCACAACAACCUGGAUGUUGUUAAACUCCUGGUCAGCAAGGGAGGAUCCGCACACAGCACUGCCAGAAAUGGUUACACCCCUCUACAUAUAGCAGCCAAGCAGAACCAGAUGGAAGUAGCCAGUUGCCUGCUGCAGAAUGGGGCAUCGCCCAAUGCCGAGUCCCUCCAAGGCAUCACUCCCCUACACCUGGCCUCACAGGAGGGACGGCCUGACAUUGUGGCACUACUCAUCUCCAAACAAGCCAAUGUAAAUCUAGGAAACAAGAGUGGAUUGACCCCUCUCCAUCUGGUGGCACAAGAGGGCCACGUGGGCAUUGCUGACACACUGGUCAAGCAGGGAGCAUCUGUUUAUGCUGCUUCAAGGAUGGGCUACACACCCCUUCAUGUGGCCUGUCACUAUGGUAACAUCAAAAUGGUCAAGUUCCUCCUCCAGCAGCAGGCACAUGUGAACAGCAAAACAAGGAUGGGCUACACUCCUUUGCACCAAGCAGCUCAGCAAGGUCACACCGAUAUUGUCACCCUGCUGUUGAAACACGGAGCCCAGCCCAAUGAGAUUACAUCGAAUGGAACAUCUCCACUGGGCAUCGCAAAGCGUCUGGGUUACAUCUCCGUCAUCGACGUGCUCAAACUGGUGACUGAGGAGUCCGUCUCUGCGAUCACGACGGAAAAGCAUCGAAUGAGUUUUCCUGAGACGGUGGACGAGAUUUUGGACGUCUCUGAGGAUGAAGGAGUCGCCCAGCUAACGUUAGGUGACGAGUUGCUUGGAAUGGACGGCGCACGCUAUUUGAAGCUUGAUGACUUCAAGGAUCAAGACGACGACUUCCUUUCCCCAAAGAAGACACUUAGAGAUUUCGAAGGUGGUGUGGGCACUACGCCCUAUUCUCCUGCCAUUCCCAGGAUCCCUUGUGUGUCACCAGAAACUGUUUUUCUAGAUCAGCACACCCCCAUCCCACUGUCGAAGGAGUAUGACGAAGACUCGCUUAUCCCGAGCAGUCCAGCGACAGAAACCUCAGACAACGUCAGUCCUGUGGCCAGCCCCAUUCAUACUGGCUUCCUAGUGAGCUUCAUGGUAGACGCCCGCGGAGGCUCCAUGCGAGGAAGCAGACAUCACGGCCUGCGAGUGAUCAUCCCUCCUCGGACCUGCGCCGCGCCGACGCGCAUCACCUGCCGCCUGGUCAAACCCCAGAAGCUCACCACGCCCCCUCCACUGGUAGAGGGCGAGGGGCUCGCCAGCCGUAUAAUCUCCCUGGGUCCAUCCAGCAUGCAGUUCCUUGGGCCAGUUAUAGUGGAGAUCCCACACUUCGCCUCACUGGCCCGGGGGGACCGUGAGCUUGUGGUCCUCCGUAGUGAGAAUGGCUCGGUCUGGAAAGAACACCGGAAUCGCUAUGGCGACGAAGUGCUGGAAACCAUUCUGAAUGGCAUGGAUGAAGACCUGGAGAGUCAAGAAGAGUUGGAGAAGAAGAGAAUUCGUCGGAUCAUCUCUACGGACUUCCCGCUGUACUUUGCCGUGGUCUCGCGCAUUCAACAAGAGAGCGAUCUGAUUGGUCCUGAGGGUGGGCGUCUGACCAGUAAGCUGGUGCCCCAUGUUGAGGCCAUCUUUCCAGAGACAGCUGUAACCAAAAGAGUGAGACUGGGACUUCAAGCCCAGCCCAUCCCCGAUGAGUUGCUGACUCGACAACUCGGCAACCAGGCGACCUUCAGCCCGGUGGUCACCAUCGAACCACGCAGACGCAAAUUCCACCGUCCAAUUGGGUUGCGCAUUCCGCUUCCACCGUCGUGGCGGGAGAACCCUCGUGAUGCCGGGGAGGGUGACACCACGAGCUUGCGCCUCCUCUGCAGUGUUAUUGGUGGGACAGCACCUGCUCAGUGGGAGGACAUCACUGGGACAACCAAGCUGAUGUAUGCAAACAGUUGUGCCAACUUUACAACCAAUGUGUCUGCGAGGUUUUGGCUAGCAGAUUGUCCCCGCACAGCAGAGGCUGUGACCUUCGCCAACCUUUUGUACCGGGAGCUGAUGGCUGUGCCUUAUAUGGCUAAGUUUGUUGUCUUUGCAAAGAUGAGCGAGGCGCGGGAAGGACGCUUGCGUUGUUACUGCAUGACCGAUGACAAGAUGGACAAGACGUUGGAGUUGCACGAAAAUUUCACCGAAGUAGCACGGAGUCGUGACAUUGAGCUGAUGGAGGGCAUGCCACUGCAUUUGGAAUGUUCCGGAAACCUCGUGCCAAUUAGGAAAGCCACGCAGCAGCCUCGCACCUUCAGCUUCCAGGCCUUCAGAGACAACCGGCUGCCCGUUUCUGUCAAGGUCAGAGAUAGUAACAAGGAUGCCACAGGGUUUUUGUCCUUCCUGAGAAAGUGCACCAAGUAUGAGGAUGCACAGCAUGUCCUAUGCAACCUCAACAUAGCAAUGCCACCCUGUAUCAAGGUGGUUGGAAGUGAAGAACGACGGCGAACUUUAACACCUCUCGCCCUGAGGGAGCGCUACAGUGCUCUGAAUGAGCCCGGUUUAGCCCCAGUGAAUGCAAUGGAGCGCACCGAGGUCAAGAUCAACAUAAUAUCAGAGCAACUGGGCUUAAGCUGGGCAGAGUUGGCACGAGAGCUUCAGUUUGGUGUUGAUGACAUCAAUAGGAUCCGCGUGGAGAAUCCCAACUCUCUGCUGGAUCAGAGCUGCGCCUUGCUCAACCUGUGGGCUGGCAGAGAGGGCAAAAGGGCAAAAAUGGAAAGCCUGUACAUUGCUUUGAAGAACAUCGACCGUGCAGACAUCGUUAGCUCCCUGGAGGGUCAGGCCGCACAAAUGGCACCCGGCUCUUCAGAGGAGGGGGCCUGCCGACUGGGCGAUCGUGACUCCACCUUGCUGUCUCCCAGUGUCUUCAAUGAGGUCACGGACACAAGGCCAUCGCGCCUCGUGCACAAGCCACGAGUUAUUAGACCCCCGUUUUUCAGGAGGGGUUAUGGGCUGGUUCAGGAGGAGCUGCUGUCUCCGGCCUCUAUGCAAUAUAGUUUGCCUUCUCCUCUUGGUGCAGAGCCCUACUGGCAGGAAGUGUCCAGUCUGGAGUGCGCCCCCAUCGCCGCCACCGAAGAAGACACCUUGAUGGAGAUGUCGGACGUCCAGGUGUGGCCAGCGGGGGUCAGCCCCUCGCUGGUUACGGUGGAGGACUCUUCUUUGGACGGCAGCAGUCGAGCGGACGACUCUGAAGGCGCCACGCUUUCCCUUCCCUGCAGUUUGGGCCGCCCGAGCAGUGGAGCGAGCGGGGCGAGCGGUUCCAUCAUGGAGCUGGAUGAGGAAGAGGAGGAGGAUGAGGAAGGGGAGGUUGAGGAGGAGGAGACGCCACUGGAGCCGGUCAGCGUUCUGGCGGAAAGGGACCUGGUCAGAGCCAGUGGCGCCGUUCCCAAGGUUAACUUGAAUGGCCAGCUGGGAGGUCAGAGGUCGGACGGUAGGAGAGGGGAGGCUCCUGCGGUGGGAGGAGACAAAAGAGGCGGGGCGGGGCUUGGUUCAGUGGAAGGCGUUUGUGUUGUUGCAGGCCAGCAGAUGUAUGGCCACCCUGAGAUGUCGCCGUUGAGUCGAGUGGGCGAGCACAAUGGAGACAACCGGGUGGUCAGAGGCGGAGCUUUUCAACCCUACUUAUCUGACAAGGAUUCCCUGCAGGGCUGGGUGGGCUCAGUAUCAUCGGGACGGGACAACAGCGCACCAGGCCUGCACGCUGCCCAGGAGGCUCUGCUGACUCCGGUGGGGGCGGAUGUGAGAAGGGCCACACAGUCAGUGCAGCGCACCAGUCUUCUGGUCCACGAGGACAAGAGAGCCACUGCCAAAGCUUCCUCCACAAGACCACAUCCAGAACACAAAGGAAAGUGAGCGACGGGACAGAUACCACCAAAAUGACAAACAUGGAAUUACCCUCCACAUGUGACACAACUCCUGAGGGGGGAAAAAAGUGUUGAAGACCUCAACUUGUAGUUUUAUAACAUUUGUAAAGUAUCACUAAAACUAAAGCAUGACCAUUUUUUCUACAAAACAAUCCCAAAAAAAAAGAACAGCAUAUGUCACUGAACUAAGACGACAAAAAGUGCUUCCUGUGAACUGUAACUGCAUGAUGACUGCUGGUGCAUGACUUCGACCUUUUGAACUGUCAUUAUCUACGAACUGAAGAGAGCGCAAGCUAGAGGGCACGCUUGGGUCCAGUGCCCUUUUAAAGACUCAAAUGCCAACAGGUUGACUCCAGUAACACUGCAGCUCCCCAAAAAUGGAGUAAUCCCCCCACACCCAAAAGAACGGCCUCUGCUGAGCCUGCCAAUGCUUCUUUCAGUGGACCCUUUUUGUUGUGUGCGCGCUUGUCGUAAAUAUGCACUCUCUGCUACGUGGACGUGUGUCGCUGUGUGUAUGUGUGUGUGUCUUCUCUGCCGCAUGCCUUUCAAUGCUUCUGACUGGGCGCUAAGCUCUGGCCCCUGAUUGGCGGAAAGGCCCUGUGAUGUCAGCACUGGUUUUGAAUGUCCUGUCCUUGUGUGCUGAAUUGGACUCCCCUUGUUGUUGUUGUUUUAAAAAACACUAAAAAUGCUAAACUUAGUUUCUUAAGAGCUGGGACAUUUUUCUUUGGAAGGGAUCCCCCUUCAUAACGCAGAGCAUAAUUCUGUCCACUCUGCUACCCCUUUUUCUACCGUCUUCCUUUGUCCUGGUAGCCGACAUCAUCUACCCAAAACCAGUAGCCUCACUUGAUAUGCAGAAUACUCAUCCGCACUUCUUUUCAUCCAAUGUUUCAAACGAUCAAGUUAACUGCAGGAUGUAGUGAUUUGCAGUGUAAAAAAAAAUUAAUAAGUCCAGUACAAUAUUGUGCUACUACGUGAUUGUGCAGACAGCACUGUGAUUGUCGUCACUUUCACCGACCCCCGACUCGUCACGUGUCGUCACAAACUAAAGCACACCCAGUCAAGAUGAUUACGGACUGGUCAGGGUGUCAGAUCGUGUGAACUUGCCACAGCAAUAAAAUCCAAAACACGCGUGACGAGCGUCCCUAGGAAGUUCUGUAGACAUACACAUUGGCUUUUUCUUUUUUCUUAUUCACCUCCUGGAUAACACGGGAUCCCAUGUCCUACAUCGACCUUGAUGUGAGUGAAUCAGCGAGGAAACGCUGACGUAGGAUCAGACCAGUAUGAUAUCAAUGUGGGACUGCAGAAGCCUGAAAGAGAUUUGUGUCUGUGUUUUACAGCAUUUAUAGGAUAUCAAGCAGUGUUAUGUUGCAGUAUAUAAUAUAUAUAUUAUAUAUAUGUGUGUUUUAAGCAUCCAUUUGGGGGACUAAUUCUGUGUAAAAAUUAGACCCUGUCACCAAUUUCACAGAGCAACACGAAAUUUGGUGGACUUGUCUAUCAUAACAAGAUGUAUAAAAAAAGUCAAUAGAACCCAUGCCCAAAAUUGAACAGGAGGUCAGUCAUUUGAUUUUGAUUACAUGAAAUAGGGGCUUGGAAAUUUAAAAAGAUAAAUAAAAAUUGUGCUCCCCGGUGUAAUCGAUUGACAUGAAAUUUGGUGGAAAUGUCUAUCUGAAGGACCAAUCCAUGAAAUUGAACUGGAAGACAGCCUUUUUUUGGGGGCGGGGGGGGGGGGGGGGGGGGGUGAUUUCCAGAGCUCAAACUGUAUGACCAACUCAAGGGCAUUUGUCCAAAUGAGCAACAAUUGGAAGCAGGUAUCCUAAACAGAUGGGUGAUACUACAUGGGGAAGCUUUUUUUGUUGUUGUUGGAGCAUGGUGUCAAAGUUUGAUGAGCAUGGCAAGGGGCCCAUUCAUUGCUGCUUUAAUUUGUUUUUAGAAUUGCACGGUGGGGCGUAUCAAAUGCUCCGGCGGGCAGCUUGUGGUUGAAGGGUCAUGCGUUCUCCAUCCCUGCCCUAAACAUGUCUUUGUAAACUUAUUUGCCUCUCAGAAUACUUUUUUUUUUAUGCAGCAACCUGAUGUUGUCAUAUCACUGUAGCACACAUGCACUGAACAUGACACAAACUAUGUGUCCCAUAAGUACUGUAAGUGCUACUGUAGCCUGAACAAGUGAGACUGAUUGAACAAAUGAGCAUAUUAUUUUGCACAUCACACAUUUUUACAUGGCCAGUGCAUGCACUAUAUUUGCCACAUAUCACAUUUUCCACUGGUAACACGCCACUCAGGUUUUUAGUUAUUUCAGAAACUAUUAAGUGUUUUUAUUUUGUGCUGGGUUCUAUUCUGUGAGAUGAUUGUGUGAGAAUGUUAAUUGGUUUUGGGCGAAUGACUAUUUUGUCAAUUUUUAAAGUUCUUUUUUUUUUUUGGGGGUCAGGGUUAUAGGUGAAAUGUGAUGCUUUUUGUGUGUGAGAAUACACAAAAGAGUUUCCAAGCAGGCAUGCCCGUGGAAAAGGUAGCGUAAUGCCCAAUGGUGUAUUUUAAAGAGUAUUGUAACAUUUUAACUGUCGAGAAGAAUAGAUCUCACCUAUACUCCUUUAGAAUGGAUACAUGACAAUGUAAACGCAAUAUCAUAUUACUCUAUCCUAAGGAAUGCAACUGCACCCAUGCACAAAAAAAUGAUGUUUUUAUGAAAAUGUGUACAAAAAAAUAUAUGACAAAGUAUAUUUCAUUAGAAUGCUAUGCACCCUCAUAGAGUUGUUCUGGAUGUUCUUUUAGCAUUAUCUCGUUAGCCGAUGCCCACUUGAUGGGGGAUGUAGAGGCUUUGUAGCUUUGACCACUUUUUUUCUUUUUCUAUUGGUCCAGAGAAAAAAAUGUAUACAAGCCUUUUAAUCAGAACCAUUCUGACUAAAAAAAUAUGUAUAGAUCAUCUUACCCUGUACACCAGCUGAAACCAUUUACAAGACUUAAUAAACAAAGA